UUCCUUCUUCUCUGAUAGGUCUACAGUGAGGAAGUGGGUUAUGGCGGCGUAAACAAGGCAAUAGUCGGUUAUUCAGUGAAGCAGUCAUCGCAAAUAAGCUUUUGCAAACACGACCACUGCUAUAAUAAGUAUGUUUUCCGUUGGAGUGUUUAUUCUGUGGGCGGACGCUAUUAAAACUCAACAAACUGGUUCUACAGCUGUUUGGUAGCUUUGGAGAACUUUUAGCAAGGCUUGCUCACCUUAACUGAUAUCUUUGUAAAAAUGCAAUGUGUCGUAACGGGAGGAAACGUGAAAGUGCUGGGCAAAGCCGUCCACUCUCUGUCCAGGAUCGGGGACGAGCUGUAUGUGGAGCCUCAGGAAGACGGGCUAGCCCUGCGGUCUGUGAACUCCUCUCGAUCGGCAUAUGCUUGCUUCCUGUUCGCACCGCUCUUCUUCAGCAGGUAUGCCAUUCCCACUGGGCUCAACUUCCGCUGCAAGAUGGCAAUAAAGAGCGUGCAGUCCGUCUUCAAAUCUCUUGCAACUUUAGAGAAAACGGUGGAAAAAUGUCACAUUGGUCUUGAUGAGCAGAAAGAUCGCCUCACUUUCACGCUGCACUGCAAACAUGGCCUCCUGAAGACACAUAACCUGUCUUACCAGGACAGUGAAAGCUUGGAGGCAGUCUUUGAUAAAAACAGCUGUGCCAAUGUGUUCAGAGCCCAACCCAGAGUGCUGGUGGACACGGUUGUGCACUUCCCUACGUCUCUGGAAGAAGUGACCGUGACAGUGAGUGAUGAACGGAUGUGGGUUAGAAAUCAUGUGGAGGAUGAAGCAGAGCGCUCGAAGGCUAUGCUAACUGAGCUGUGUCUGGCUGCGGAUGAGUUCGACUACUUUGCCGUCAAAGCUCACUACAGCAUCACUUUUUGUCUAAAGGAGUUUCGGGGUUUGCUGUUGUUUGCUGAGUCCACUGGCCUCCCUGUGUCUAUGUACUUUGAUGAACCAGGCAGCCCUGUGGUGCUUUCAGUAACAGACAGCGUUCUGGAGGGGAAUUUUGUGCUGGCGACACUUUCGGAUAAUCAUGAUCUUCAAAAGAGCAACAGAGGAGGCGACGCGGACCAGCCACAUCCUCCUGAUGACUUCAUGAGUGACGACAUGGAUGCCUAUCUGAUUGCCAUGGAUACCAGUGCAGCACCAGGUCCCUCCACCGCAGACCCGCCCCCUCCUUCAUUAGCCACAUUCAGAAAGCCCCCGGCACCUAAUUAUAGGACCAGAACGCACAGUGAGGAGGAGGAGGAAGAUGAUGGGGAGGAAGAUCCAGAGAGACCGCCAGAUAAAAAGUUCCGCUCCCUGUUCUUUGGAUCAGUCCUUCCUCCUUCCUCUCAGAUGAACACGCAGCCGCUUACGACUCAGGAAGUGCUGGCCAGCGACAGCGAGGAUGAAACUGAAGCAGACUGACGAUCAGCGAUCUGACAGAGGCGAAACGUGGGAGCGCUGUUACACCACCACACCUGGAUUACUUGAAACGAAAAAAACUGACGCUUUGGACCCGACUUUUUGUUUUUACUGGACAGAUAUCGCUGUAUUGUUUUUACUGAGGAUUCUGAUGUUCAUGUUGAACUUGAAAACUGUGACGAAGUGAAGCUAAACAUGAAGCACUUCAGUUCGUUUUUACUUUGACUCUGUCUGGCUGAUGGAGAAGCAGUUGCACCAAAGAAAAAUAAAUUUGCUUUUCAUAUUA